AGUGGCGAUAACUCGAAGAAAUGUCUUACGCAACACCGAUACUUUAUCUCAACAUGGGAGGAGAAAUGCUGUAUGUUUUACAGCAAAGGCUAAAUACUCAAAGAAUCAGUCUUGAUAAAACAAUUCAAGUAAUGAACGAGGUAAUACGUGCCUUCCUAAACCAAAAACAGCUUCGAUCAAUCUUCGACAAAAGUUUGCAAAUGCAUCUGUAUUCCCUUCGAACGAUCCUCGAACAAGUUGUUCUUUCGUCAAUAAUGAAACUCGACUCCAACAGCAUGAAUAAACUUUUUGACCUAAUGAUAACAAUGGUAAAGUACCAACUGGACACAGCCACUGGACCACGCGAAGUAAUCUUAUUAACUUUGAAUCACUUAGAUGGAGUGCGCGAUAUGGUUGUUGACAAAACACUGCACGUGCAUAUCGAUCUUGCAUAUCAAUUGAUUCUUAGUACUUUUGGCAAUAUGAGCUAUAAAGAGAUAUGGCAAGUAAGGAACGAUUGCCUUGGAGUAUUUGAUGAUUGUAAUACACGAGUCUCGUUACUUUUGAAACUGGAAUUGCAAAAUCAAGAUGGGACAUUCAACCGAAUGAUUCAAAAGUACAAUGAACAGUAUAUGGAGCAGCAGGAGAUUCUUGAGGAUAUUCGAUUACUAGCCGAUAAGAGUUCAAUGGGAUCAUUAUUGUUGAUUGGUAGUCGAGUCACUUUAUUGGGUAAAAAUUUAUAUUCGAGUACCUUUGGGCAAAUACACAGCGACAGUUCUACUCAAAAUUCGCACAAAGCUGUAACGAUCACCAAUAAGGCUUUAAAAAAAGAGAUUGAAACUCUUGCUAUUCAAUUGGGUAAAGAAGAGACGAUUUCCCAUAGGCCCAUAAGCUUGCACUUGUUCACCAAUGAUGAAAGAAACAUCGAAUGUAAAUCCAAAGCAUUGAAAUUUAAUGAUUUUAGCAGCAUUUCAGAUGCAACGGAUGUAACGAAUAUGGCCACUGAAAAAGAGCAUUUAAAUGAUGUGAAUCAAUCCUUUGACGACUACAGAAGAAAACUGAUGGAUAAUAUUAAUUCAGAAUUCUCCGAUAACGAAGGAGCUGAUAGAGAAGCCAUAGAUCUUGUGAAUAUGUUGGAUAUAUCAUAA